AUGAUCGCUAAACGUGCACUAUCUACUUUGAUUCCUCCAAAGAUCGUUUCUGCUGCAAACAUUGGGUCUGCUCCAAAUGCUAGACGUAUCGGAAACGUUGUCCAGUUUUACAAAUCCCUACCACAAGGCGAAGCUGCUGCUGUGAAGCCUAGCGGUGUUAUUGGCAGAUACAAAGCCAAAUACUUCGACGGUGACAACGCUUCCGGUAAGCCAUUGUGGCAUUUAGCCCUAGGUAUCCUAGUGAUGGGUUACUCCAUGGAAUAUUUCUUCCAUUUGAGACAUCACAAGAACGGUGCUGAACACUAA